AUGCUGGUAAAGAGCCAAAAAGGGGAUGAUCUCAAGAAAACCUUUAACACCCUUCGCUCUUACAACAUGAAGCUCAAUCCAGGCAAAUGUGCAUUUGGGGUGACGACAGGAAAGUUUCUGGGGUUCAUGGUGUCUCAGAGGGGUAUCAAGGCUAACCCAAACAAAAUCUGGGCCAUAAUAGAGAUGGCGCCUCCAAAGAACGUGAAAGAAGUACAAAGCCUCAACGGCAAGGUCAUCAUGAACCAAGUAAACGAUAAUUACGAAUGUAAGGGCGAAAGGAUGAAGAAGUACCUGGAGCAAGCAAAGAGAAUGGUGGACAACCUACAGGCUAAGAUUGUUCAAAUCCCCAGAGGAGAGAACGAGCAAGCCAACCGUCUUGCUAAGGCUGCAUUAGCAGAAUACAUGAUCAUCCCUGACAACGUACUUUCCUUCGUUCAGUUUUCACCAUUAAUAGAUUUUAUUGAUGUGCAGGUGAUAGGUUCUGAAAGCAACUAG